UUGUUUGUUUGUUUUUUAAAUUUAGAAGCAAAGCUUCGCACGAUCAGAGUUGGAAAAAGGAGGCAAAUUUGGCCAACUUGCCUUGCCGUCCAAAUUCCAAUCUGUCAAUGGUUGACUGUUUGUAGUCUGCCCCCAUCCCUGGAAGAAGAGCCAUCUCCCCUGUGCCUCCGCCUUCGAAUUCUCUGUGUUCUUCCGCAGAUGUCGACACCCAAGGCUGCCGCUGCCGCCGCCGCCGCCAUGCAGAUCGGCGCCGACCUGCCGCCGCCUCCGAAACCGGGAUUCCUUCAGCUACUAGCCCAGCAAGCCUCCGUCUACGGCGUCGCUGCCGGCUACUGCAUCUCCGCCUCCCUGCUCUCCAUCAUCAACAAGUGGGCCGUGAUGAAAUUCCCCUACCCCGGCGCACUCACCGCCCUCCAGUACCUCACCAGCGUCGUCGGCGUGGCCCUCUGCGGCCGCCUCGGCCUCCUCGACCACGACCCCCUCAACCUCCGCACGAUGUGGCGCUUCCUUCCCGCCGCCUUCAUGUUCUACGUCUCCAUCUUCACCAACAGCGAGCUCCUCCUCCGCGCCAACGUCGACACCUUCAUCGUCUUCCGCUCCGCCGUGCCCCUCUUCGUCGCCGUCGGCGAGACCCUCUUCCUCCACCAGCCCUGGCCCUCGCUCCGGACCUGGGCUUCCCUCGCCGUCAUCUUCGGCGGCGGCGUCGUCUACGUCGCCACGGACUACCAGUUCACGGUGACGGCCUACGCCUGGGCCGCCGCCUACCUCGUCAGCAUGUCCGUCGACUUCGUCUACAUCAAGCACGUCGUGAUGACCAUCGGCCUCAACACGUGGGGCCUCGUCCUCUACAACAACCUCGAGGCGCUGCUGCUGUUUCCCCUGGAGCUGCUGCUGAUGGGGGAGCUGGGCCAGAUCGAGGAGGCCGUCGCCGGAGCUCGAACGGAGUGGUUCUCCCCGGGCGUCGUGCUGCCGGUGGCGCUCUCGUGCUUGUUCGGCCUCUCCAUCUCCUUCUUCGGCUUCUCGUGCCGACGGGCGAUCUCGGCGACGGGCUUCACGGUGCUGGGGAUCGUCAACAAGCUCCUCACCGUGGUCAUCAAUUUGGUGGUCUGGGACAACCACUCCACCUUCGCCGGCACGCUCGGCCUGCUCGUCUGCAUGUUCGGCGGCGUGCUGUACCAGCAGUCCACAACCAAAGCUAAGAAACCGGAGGCCGCGCCGCCGCCGCUGCCGCCGCCCGGCGAUGAUGAGGAGCAGAGGCGCCUGCUGGAGGGGAACGGCACGAGCAGUUCAUCGUCGGAGCUGGUGGUUGUUUCCGGAAAAUUAAAUGACGAUGUUUGAUCUGCCUAAGUUUUGAAAUUUGUUGUUCGAUUAAUGAGCAAAAAACAUCGAGAUCUCAAUUUGUUUGUUGA